AUGCUAAGGGAGAAUUUGAGAUGGCUAUGGACUUUAGGUCUCUAUCUGGUAACUAGUAAAUCGUCUCCCAAAGUUCCAACCAUCACUGACCGGGCUUUCAUGGACCUAUGCGUCCUGGCUCACAAUCAGUUGCGUAUCUGGGUGCACCCCCCAGCGGCUGACAUGAAAGAAAUGAGUUGGGAAUCCAGUUUAGCAAAGGUUGCUUACAAAUGGGCAAACAAGUGCAAAUUUGAACACAAUGGUUGUCUAUCAUCACCAUUUGCAUGUGAUCCAAAUCAUCAAUUUCUUGGAGAAAAUAUUUGGCUGGGAUCAUUAAGCAUAUUUUCACCAAAGUCAGCUGUUGAAGCUUGGUAUAAUGAAACUCAAUAUUAUAAUUAUAAUACUCUAGCAUGUACUGAUGUUUGUGGCCAUUAUACUCAGGUGGUUUGGGCCGUUUCAAAUAAAGUUGGUUGUGCAGCUGCAUUGUGUCCCAAUCUUGGAGGAUAUCACACUACAAUAUUUGUAUGCAACUAUGCACCUCCAGGAAAUUUUCCAAAUAUGCCCCCGUAUACUAAAGGAACACCCUGCUCUUUGUGUGAGCCUGGAGAAAUUUGUAGAAACAAGCUCUGCAGAUCCAAAGAACAACAAAAAGCUGAAGUUUUGGAAUCCAAAGCACAACAAAAACCUGAAAGAGUGAAUAAAAAUAGUUCAGCACUGAUUCAAUUACUACCUUCCAUUGAAACUAAAUUUUGUAAUCCAAAGCACAACAAAAACCUGAAAGAGUGA